AUGACGCCCCCAGUCACGGAAAUCGCGCUCCUGCGCUUAAAAUCUCAGCCUCCCUCCGCAUCAUUCAAAGCACUCCUCUUCGAAGGCAUCAAAGCGCAAGCCAAAUUCUCCUCGUACCCGGUUCAUCUCUUCUCCCAAGUCGAGGAUCCCUCGCUCAUCUACCUCAUCGGAGGAUGGGACUCGGCGCAACAGCACUACGAGGAUUGGAUUCCCUCGGCUACAAAUCAGGAAAUCAUGAGACAGCUCUCGAGUGAGAUGGAGCUGGUGUGGGUGCUCCAUGUGGAUGGUGAUGCGGUGCGACAGGGGGAGUUACUGACCGAAGCACCUGUUGUUGCUGUGGGGCGGUAUUUCAUGAGCGCUGAGAAGAGAGAGGGGUUUAGCCGGGUUUUCGAGGAGGCGCAGCAUCAUCUGGAGGAGUUUACGAAGCCGUUACCUAUCUUCAAGGGGUGGAGGAUUGAGAAGGAAGAAGGGAAGGAGGAGUUUGUGCUGUUUAGUGGGUGGACAAACGUGCAGCAGCAUCUCGACUUUGCCCAGUCAGAAGGGUUCCAGGAAUUUUCGAAGAUCAGGGAGUUUACGGACUCCUCGGAGAUCAAGCAUAUUGUUCGAUGGGAGGUUGAGUGA